AGAGCCAUAUUGUACAUGGCGGCUCAGUCGUUUGGAGCCAUAUAUGGUGUUGGGCUAGUGAAAGCUUUCCACAGUUCUUACUAUACCAAGUAUGGCGGAGCCAAUGAGCUUGCCGAUGGCUACAACAUAGGCACUGGAUUGGGUACUGAGAUUCUUGGCACCUUUGUUCUUGUCUACACUGUCUUCUCUGCCACUGAUCCCAAGAGAAAUGCAAGAGACUCCCAUGUCCCAGUAUUGGCACCCCUGCCAAUUGGGUUUGCUGUGUUUAUUGUUCACCUUGCCACAAUCCCAAUCACUGGCACUGGCAUCAACCCAGCUAGAAGUCUUGGAGCUGCAGUGAUCUACAACAAUGACAAGGCUUGGAAUGACCAAUGGAUCUUCUGGGUUGGACCAUUUAUUGGAGCUGCCAUUGCUGCCUUAUAUCACCAAUACAUCUGGAGAGCAGGAGCUGUUAAAGCUCUGGGUUCUUUCAGGAGCUCCCCCAACAUAUGA